AUGGCACACCCGAGGGCCCUUUGGAGAGGAAGGGGCCCCCCCAGGCACCUGUGGCCGGUGGCCGUGGCCCUGUGGUUCGCCGUGGCGCAGGUGUCAGCCGGUGAUGAGGGAGCCCCCCGAAAUUUGAACUGCUUCAAGGCUUGCUGCUGCCAGACUUCCUGGUGUCGCCCCAACUGCAGCUGGGAGGCCGGGAGCCGGGUGGGGGCUAGCUACACCCUGCAUUUUUGGUACCCCGACCACCAGCCUGGCAAAAGGCACGCCAUUCUCAGGACCGGGAACGCCACCUCCCUGUUUUUGGAUCGGGUCCACGUCUACGCCGAGGUGACCGUCACCGUCUGGGUGGAGAGCCGGGUUCGAAGACAUCCUCCUCUGCGGUCGAACAACCUCACCCUGGUGUUCAACCAAGCCGUCAGGCUCACAGCCCCCACAGACAUCAACUUUUCAAGGUCAAGAGGCCACAUGACCCUAACUUGGACCGAACCUACAACUGCUGCGUUCCGCCCGGGAGAAUCAGGUCAGAUGCGGCCGGCAGCGCACGCCAACUUGACCACGGGGAACUGCAAAACUCAGAAGGAGCACAAAGCCAUGGAGAUCAUCGCAGUUAGGUGCCCCGUGGAAGGGAACGCCCCGUACGAAGUGCAAGUCCGAUAUCGGACCCCCGGCCCGUACAGCGAUUGGAGCGACUGGAGCCGGUCUGCCUUCGUUCCGGCCGAAAUCCUCAGGAGCCCAGAACUCAAUUGUAGCGCAGAGCCGCUCAGGGAAGACGGCUUGAGGAGGGUCACCCUGGAAUGGCAGAAGCCCAGCUGGGAGCAAGGGGAGGUGGACUUCACCCUGACGUUUGUCCUGCUUCCCUGCCUCUGCCUGGACGAAUCGGAGACCUUAUUCGACGUGAGGAACGGGACUUCCUUCCAAGGCUUUCUGUCGGGGGCCGAGUACAACAUCUCCCUGCAAGCCGCCAACAGGGCCAGCCGGCCCCCGGCCUCCUUUUGCAGGCUCCCGGCGGAGCAAGGCGCAGUAGGUCCCACCUUCCAGGAGGUCAUCCAGUCCGGCAGGAACUUCUCAGUGACGUGGGGGACAAAGCACGAGGUCAUCUGCUUCGAAAAGGACCCGGGACGGUCCUGUGAGGACGAAGACAUCCGAGAGGUCAAUGAGACCAGCUGGUCAGGGACCCUGGAGCCCGACGUCUGCAGCCGCUUGGCGGUCCACGCAUGGGACCCAGAGGAGGAAUCCUGGUCGACGCUGGGCCUCGUGCGCCUCUUCCACAGGGGCGCACCUUCCGAAGACCGCGUGCAGCUGGUUGUAGUCUCCCCAACGCCCACCUCCGCCGACAUCCACUGGGACCCCCCUGCCUUCCUCGCCGGCUGCCCCAGCGUGCUCCAUAAAUACGUCAUCUGCUGGCACAACGAGCGAGGCGAGGAGAUAGCCACUUACGAGGUCAACGCAUCCGAGACCCGCUUCACCAUCUCAGACCUGCAGCCCAACACCACUUACCGGGUCGGAGUCGGCGUUUCGACCGCCGGGAGCGACGGCCGCUGCCGAGACUUCAUCGGCUUUCGAACCCGCCCCGCAGAUUCCAAGAAGACGACUCUGACCCUCAGCUUCCUCCUCCUGGGUCUCGUCGGAGGGGUCCUUGUUGUCGCCAGCACCGUCCACAUUUGCAAAAAGAGGGCGAAGGAAGUUCUGUGCCCCCCCUUGCCAGACCCGGCCGACACAGAAGCCGUCAAGAUCCUCGCCAGAUCAGAGCCGGGGCAGGUGCACCCACGGUUGGGCUUCAUGCAGCCCCUGGAGUCCAGCAGCCCCACAGAACCCCUCGUCCUCGAACCCAGGUCUCCGUCCAAAGAGGACCCGUCCGCCGGCACCGCAGAAGACUUUCCGGCCCUUGCCAAUCUCGCCGAAGAGACCCUCUUGCCCAAGGAGGAGCAGCCGGGCUCGGGCGGCCUCCUGCCCUCCGAGUACAAGGGCCAGGGGUUCCUGAGCCCCAUGGAGGACGACCGGCAAGGGCGGCCGGCUGGACGUCUCCAGUGA